AGCAAAAAACAGGAUGCGAAAGAUCGCCGUGACACACUUUAAAAGUCAUAAAUGUCAGCAGAACGUCAGUUACGCCAUACCAAGCAAUUUGAAUAAAUAAAAACAUCUCGAAAAAGUACAAAUUAUUGAAGAGAAUUGGAUUUCAAUUAACAAUUUGAUCGUGUAUGUAUAACAACAGCCAAAAUGCCCGCGUCUAUCGGCGUAAAUUUGCGUGUAACAGGCCAUUGUCGCCAAGGUGGUAGAAAAUACAUGGAGGACUUUUUCUCUGUGGCAUACCAGCAAACUGAAGACGAAAAGGACUUGGAAUAUGCAUUUUUCGGCAUUUACGAUGGACACGGUGGAGCUGAAGCUGCAGCAUUCGCCAAAGAACACCUGAUGGAGACUAUAAUCAAGCAUAAAAGUUUUUGGUCAGACUGUGAUGAAGAUGUGUUACGAGCUAUUAAAGAUGGGUACAUUGCUACCCACUAUGCUAUGUGGAGAGAAAGAGAAAAAUGGCCAUGUACAGCAUCAGGAUUACCUAGCACAGCUGGCACAACUGCAAGUGUCGCAUUUAUAAGAAGAGGGAAAAUUUACAUAGGACAUGUAGGAGAUUCUGGGAUAGUUCUAGGUUAUCAAGAACCAGGCAGCUCUGAAUGGAAAGCCAAACCUCUGACCAGAGAUCACAAACCUGAAAAUGCAGAGGAAAUGUCAAGAAUUGUUAAGUGUGGUGGCAAAGUUAUGUGCAAAUCAGGAGUGCCGCGUGUGGUAUGGAACCGUCCGAAAAUCGGCCACCAAGGCCCGGUCCGUCGAUCCACGCCUAUCGACGAGAUCCCAUUUUUGGCAGUGGCGCGCAGCCUUGGCGAUCUCUGGUCAUACAACUCCCAAAUUGACAGAUUUAUCGUCUCUCCGGACCCCGAUUGUUCUGUGCUCAAGAUAGAUACGGACGUGCACAGAUGCCUCAUUUUUGGAACUGAUGGGCUCUACAAUAUGCUGAGUCCCACUACCGCUGUACAUAUUGUGCAACAGGCGGAGCGCCACAACGAGACGGCCGCCCUAAGUGACUCUACGUACAAAACCUGGAUGAACCCGAGCAAACUCCUUGUGGAGAAAGCGAUGGAAAGGUGGCAUGCAACCAAAAUGCGUGCUGACAACACCUCCGUGGUCACAUUGAUGCUGGACCCCCCGGGACCCCCGCGUGCUCAGGUGCUUAUUGAUCGCAAGAAGAACCUGCCUGAAAGGGGACUUAAGAUCAUGACUCGUUUUGAUGGCAGCCAAAGGGAUGACACAAAGGAAGCUGGGUGCAGCACUGCUUGCUCAAAUCUGGUUCCUAGCGGCGACUGUGAUACCGCUCCAGCAGAUGCAGCAUCAUGCUCAAAAUCGUCCACAGAACGGCUGGAGUCCAUACUGGAGCCUGUGAUCGAAGUCGUACCAGCACCCAUACCAGUGACGCCAGAAGUAUUGAACGCAGCCCCCAAGGAUGUGACGACUCUCGAAUUGGACAUGCCGGAAUCUCCAGCGUCCAGCAACAAAGAGUGUCUCACUGCUUCCAGUAAUGAGAAUGCUGCUCCAGUAUCCACAAGUGACCUUAAUGUCAGCAAUAACAGUUGCAGUCACUCAACAAAUUUUCCAUUGAAAGAGCGCAAUUUUUUACCGAAGCCCAGGGAGAGCACGAGUUUCGAUCCACGUGACCCUUUACAACAGACACCAUGCUUUUCACCGCCUGAUGAUGGCAAAGAAAAUCAGAAAUCCAACAUGAGUUCCCCCUCGUCUGUGGAUGACAAUACCAUACAGUGCAAUGAGGUAUCGUCAAGCAACAUUGAAGUGGACAGCAUUGAAGAUGAAAAUGAAUCUACACCAAAUAUUAAAAGUGCAAAGCAUAACCUGAGAAGUACAAAGAAGGAAUCGAGAAGUGAGGAAAGAGAAGAGUUAUCUAAUUCUAAGGAUGAUUCAAAAGGCAAGCCCGUGAAAAGAAAACUAGAUGUUGAUGUGGUUCCCCAACCAAGGAAAAGCUUGAGGAUAGACGGUCAUCAGAAGAAGGUCACUGACACCACCAAAGAGAAUUUGGAAGAAAAAACUAAGCAGAAACUCACACCUUCAGAAAGUAUAUUAAAAGCGAAGCCUAUUGAUAUGAAGAAAAAAAGCAUAUUGAAGAAAACGGCGAUCACAAAAAACAAAGUACAAGUGGUGUUGCAGAAGUUGAAAAAUCGACAGAAAACUGAUCCAGCAAUUGAGAAUGAAGAACCAAUAAUAGAAAAGCAAAAAUCUACCAAAGCGAAGUCGCAUAAGCUUCCAAAAGUGAUUGCAACCAAGGUGGGAUUUCAGAAGAAUUUGAGGAACACUGUCCCGCAUGACCAAAGAAACAAAAGUGACAAGAAUGAAACCAAAGAAACUAGAAGCAAAUCUGUGAAAACGAAAGGCUCCGUGCUUGAAAAAGGAAGUUCCAAUACAGACCAAGGGGGUUCAAGUGAGACCUGUAGUUCUUCGAGUGAAUCUACGAAAACUUCCAAGAAGAGAUCAAGUCCAGGUAAUAAUUUCGAUUUUGUUAAUCAGCGAUAAUAAAAUAUUCUAGGUUCUUAAGUACAAUUUGAGUGAAUAUAUAAAAUCUAUUUCUUUGCAAGGUGAUAUUGUCAUAUUAAUGUUGUUAUGAUCAUCGAAAACCGUGCAUCCGAAAGUGCCUACAAAUGAUUAGGGAUUUCAAGAAUAAUUAUUGUUUUAAAAGAAAUAAAUGGCGCAUCAUCAGCGUUUGCCAAAACAGGCAGGUGAAAUCCCGUACGAACGCCACUGGUGGAGAUUUAAAAAAAAGUGGUAUAUUAAAAAAUGCUUCUUGAGGUACAUUACAUGUAUGCCAAAUUUAAUUAAAAUAUCCAGAAUCGUAAAGUCAAGAUACUCAGGACAUAUGUUCAUGUUUUCUUCUUAAAAUGGACCCAUAAUCGCCCUCUUAAAAAGUGACAUUCAAUUAGGAAAGACCCUGUAUGGAAAAGGAACGGCGACAGCACGCAUCCUUGCCUCACUCCAGAAAGUAUGUUAAAUCUACUACUGCUGACCCCAUUGUGUGUUAUUGUACAUUUUGUCUCAGGGUACAGUGCCUUGAUCAGAUAAUUUUUUGAUUAAUGUUUCUUAACUCCACAAUUUUCCACAUCAGUGCCCGGGACGAGAUAGAGGUGUGUUCCAAUCAAUUGAUUGUUCCAUUAUUGUUAAUAUGAUCUAUGUAGGAUUCUGGUCUAAAGCCUGCCUGGUUUCGGCGAAGAUCAACGUUGUCCGUUAAUUUGUGUAGUAUGAUGAUGGUGAGAAGUUUUUUUAUACUGCUGAGAAGUUUUGUGCAUAUCCUUCGUUCGCCCUCUUUAGGGCGUUUAAUAAUAUUACCUUCUUUGCAGCUCACUGGAAUUUGGUUUGUUUCCCAUACCUCACUGAUUAUAGGAAGCAGAAGUUUCGUGGUUGUCUGUAAAUGAUUUUAAAAAUUCUGCGGAAGUGUUGUCUGUUCCUGGGGAUUUAUUAAUUUUUUUUUUCAGAGAAGAAUGUUUCGUCGAUU